ACGUUGACCUUUUUCCCGGUCAGAUUGGGGGUUGUUGUCGCCAUGGCGGAGGAACGGUUCAACCGUGCAACGUCCGGGUCUCGGAAGUUUCUCUUCGCAACUGCAACUCUCCGGUCGAAGAGCAGCUACAGAACAAACAAUGACGAACAAGGAAGAGAGACAAAAUCCUCCGGUUGAGAACGCGGCGGAGGAUGAUGAAGAUGAGCCAGAUGAGUGGGAGAAGCGGAUCAACAGAACCGGCUGUGCGGACGAGCAGAUGACCUUGAAUGAUUGCGUCUAUCAGAAGAAAGACUGGCGCAGUUGCCAAAAGGAGAUGGAAGCCUUCCGCGAAUGCUGGAAACAGCAGGGCAACGACCAGCGCACGCAGACGCAGGAUGCUUAGGACUAGGGUAACUUGGCCGGCGACCAUCCCAGCAGUGUACUCUACAGACUUCCAGUUAAAGUGAUCUAUAACCCAAUCGCAACUCUUCCAGCUUCAUCAGCA